AUGGAUAAGCAAUAAUUAUUUGCUGAAUGCAUUCGCAUUCUUCAAAUUACACCAAUACGUAGAAAUCCUGAAGAACUUAACCAUCUUUUAAUCUUUGCACUUACCAUAACAUUUUUUAGAGAACUUGGUGAAUAAUCACCCGAAAUGCUUCAACGAUGCAUAUAAGUACUCUCAUAUCGAACUAUUAAAUCAGGGGAUAUACUCUUUAAAGUAGGAGAUUCUGGCAGCCUUUUCUAUGUCAUCCUAAGAGGAUCUGUGGGAAUUAAUAUUCGAUUGCCUAACCCAGAUGAUUCUCAAUAAUUUGAGCUCAAAGAAGUCAAUAUAUUGAAAGCCGGAGCAAGCUUUGGAGAACUUGCCCUAAUUAAUGAUGCAAAAAGAACAGCAACGAUUGUGGCAAAAGAAGAUUGUGUUUUUGCAGUAAUGGAGAAACAUCAUUACAAAUCUAUCUUAGGAGCUUAAGAAAUCGCGAAAAUCUAGAAUAAGAUCUCAUUCUUAUGUUCAUUUCCAUUUUUUAGUUCUUGGUCUUUUAGGGAAAUAAAAACAAUCAGUUAUCACUUUGAACCUGUUACAGUAACCCUUAAUUAAGCAAUAAUUAAAUAGAAUGAGUACUGCAACCACUUUUAUGUUGUAAGAGAUGGUGAAUUUUAGGUCUAGUUCUCUUAUAAAAACAAGCUAUGCAGUAUAUGCACUUUAGGACCAGGGGAAUCUUUCGGAUAAGAAGCAUUUUUGAGCAAAGAAGGUUAAUUUUUGAUCAAAUCCUCCAUAUUUGUUUAGUGGGGGAAGACAAAAUAUGAUAUCGUUUGUAAAAGUGAAAUAGGAGUUGCUUAUAAGAUUACAAGAGAAGAUAUCUAGAAACGUUUCUGGGAUAGCAAAACGUAGGUCGUCUUUUUGUAAUUGUUAUCAUCCAUCCAUCAUUUCAGAUCGAUUAAAGCAGAGGAAUUGAUUAAAGAAAUUGAUAAUAAAAGAAAGAAACUCGAUGAGCAAAUACACUUGCCAAUCCCUUUAAAAAAAAGCUAUGUGCAAAAAUAUAAUCUAUUAUCUUCAAGAAAUACUAAUGAUGAUAUUUUAAAAGACAAGUAGUAUGAUGAAUUUAAAUAAUAAGAAAAAUAAGCAAUAGAACAAUUUACAAAGUUACUUAAAGAUAGAAAUUGUUCUUAUGCUUAGGUGAAGACAUUUUUUGAUCAAAAGAAAUUCGUUUCUUAAGGUUACUUUAAAAAAAGAUUUUACCAUAAAUAGUUUUUCCGAUUUGCUAGCAAUAAUAGUUAAUUUCGAAAAUCAGCAAAUGAAUAAGAAUUAGAGUAGAUGAAUGGUAUGCUUACUCAAUGUUGUAAUUAAUAAAAUGAAUUAAAUAUUAAUAACUCUUAAUAAUUCAAUCACCAUAAAACAUUGAGUAGCCCAACAACAAUGGGAAAGUUUAUCAAAAGAAUAAAGUUGAAAGUGGCUACCCAUUAAAAGAAUGAAGAUACUUAGACAAUUAUUAAUAUUCGAACUCAUAGCCCAAAUUCAUAUCGCAGCAUGAAUAGUAGGAGAAUGAAAACUUAUAUUGAUUGA